AUGGAGAAAUAUUAUAAAAAUUUUAUACUUUGCGGUGAAGCUGAUUAUUAUUGUCUUAUAUGUCAAGAGGCAUUUAGUAUUAACGAGGAGGUAGAUAAGCAUUUACGAUGGGAAAAUCAUAGAAAGAAUAUCAAACAUCAUGAAUAUGUUCCAAAAUUUAGAAAAAAUUUUAUCUACAAGAUUUCUGAUUGCUUCUACUGUGAAAUAUGUAAUGUAGUUAUGAAAUCUGCUGUUGAGCAUAUUAAUGAGGAUCACCAUCAAGCUCUUAAAUCAUCUAAUGAUAUAUCAAAUAAGCCAUCAGUUAUUAGGCGCGCAAGUAAUGGUGCUAUAAAAAUAAAUGAGAUAAAACUAACUAAGCAUCAGUGGCAUUCAAUCAUAGAUGGUUUGUGUUUAUUAUGUGAUGAACCUGUUAUAAAUGCUUUUACUCAUUUUUCUCUAUUCAACCAUAUGGUUAAAUUAAUACAAAGUGAAACAAUAUGUAAGGACAAUCAGUAUUAUAGAAAGUUAGGAAAAGAUAAGUAUUUCUGUUUCACAUGUUUUAAAACAAAUAAUUCAUUAGAAACACACACUGCUGCCCAUAUAAAGGAAAUAACUCCAGAUGACAAAAGUUCUAACAAAACUGAAUCAAAUACAAGAUCACAAGAUAAUAAUAACAAUGAAGGUUCUGAUAUUAUGAAAAUACUCAUGGACACAAAUAUUGAUUAUUUUGUUUUUGAUGUAAAAAAUGAUACAGCUACAUGUCGAGAAUGUGAAGAAAUAGUAAAAGCAGACUCCAACUCUAUAUCUAAACACAAAGCUUUACAUAAUUCAUGUGUUUAUAUUUAUAAAGAUAGUGGAAAGAGAAGAGCUGAGUUAAAAAUAUAUGGAAAACAAAAUUUCAUAAGGUUAAAUGAGGGUGGCAGUAAAGGUUGUUGUUCUCUAUGUAAUAUUCAUUUAUCUGCUCAUAUGAAGGUUUUUAAACAGCAUGUUGAAGGUGCAAUUCAUAGAGGGCACUUAGAAUUAAAAGGAUUAAUAUCAGAUAAACAACAUGACAAACCAAAGCAUAAAACUAUACUCAUUAAAGAUUUCUUGGAAAGCAAGUUUGGUCCAUUUCAUGUUGACGAGUAUACCUUGAUUGUUAUUAAUGAUGGUAUUUGUAUGGAACAAAUUAGUUUUACAUUUAUCAGAAUGGUUGAUUAUUUCAACAGUCUUAAAGGGAAGUGUUUUGUUUGUGAUGUCAUAAUGGAUAUUACUAAAAUACCAGAGCAUACUAAAAGUAAGCAACACAUUAAUUUAUUCUCAGCCAGUAGGGUCUUUCGGAUUAAAACUAAAGGAGAUGAGGAAUUCGUUAGACAGAUAAGACCUGGACUGUAUCAUUGUGGGUAUUGUAACAAAGUAUUUCCAUAUUGGGAGAACAUACAAAGACAUUUAAAAAGUUUUACUCAUGAAGUGCAAAGAAAUAAAAAGAAGUUAUUGAGCAUUAUCUGUGCUAAAGUAUACUUGAAUCCGUUGCUUCCUUUGGAUGCAAUAGAGGAAUAUAUUACUUUGAGGAAAUUAGAUGGGAUUGAU